AUGUGUCAACAUUUUGUGGAGUUUGGACCGGCCAAAAUGUUGAAACCGACAAGAUUGUUACUACUAGGUGCACCUGGUUCAGGAAAAGGUACCAUUUCAAAGCGACUUUUGAAAAAGUCUCCUCAAUUGCACUACAUUUCAUCUGGUGAUGUGUUGAGAUCUCAGAUUGCCAACAGGACAGAAAUUGGUCUCAAGGCGGAAAAAUAUUUGAAAAAUGGAGCAUUGGUGCCGGACCCAGUAAUGGUGCGAUUGAUUACACACCAGUUGCAGACUCAUAACUGGAUGGAUCAUGAUGCAAGUUGGUUAUUGGAUGGGUUCCCGCGUACCAGUAACCAAGCUGACCAAUUGAACGACGUUUUGGAUAAAUACAAUUCAAAUUUGACCUUGGUUGUUGAAUUAGAUGUUGAUCAAAAGAUCAUCUUGCAUAGAAUAGAGUCAAGGUAUGUCCAUUUGCCAAGUGGUAGAAUAUACAGUUUGGAUUAUAAUCCUCCAAAUGUACCGUUUAAAGAUGAUGUGACUGGAGAGCCUUUGGUUAAAAGAGAAGAUGACAAUGCUGAAGUUUUCCAAAAACGAUUGGACAAAUAUAAUGAGAAGAUUGGAGAUUUGCGCGAGUUUUAUCAAGAGCUAGGGGUAUGGAGAGUUGUUUCGGGAAAUACUAGUGACAUUAUCUAUCCUCAAGUUGAAAAGUUGGUAACUGGGUAG